AUGUCAUCUUUUAAAUCUUUAAUUUUUGUACCUCCACAUAAUGCAAAUAAAACUAAAAAAACUUUUCAAAUUUUUAAAAAUGACUUUCCAAUUGAUACUUCUCUUGCAAAUAAAGUGAAAGAUUUAAUAAAAAAAAAAGAAUUUUCUAAAUUAAAAGAGUUAAUGAAACAAGGUAGUAAAUUUGUUUUAUCAUUUAAAGACAUUAAUAGAUUACUUUUAAAUUGUCACGAUAGAGAAUUCUAUGAAAUACUAUAUGAAAAAAAAUUAUUAUUCAAUUUCAAUUUAAUUGAUGAAGCAAUUAAAUUGAAUGACAUUAAUGCAUUGGAAUUAAUGGUUCAAAUUUUUGCUGGUGGAUGGGACAACUAUGAAGAGAAUGGUCCAGAUUUUUAUAAAGUACUGUUAAAAUUUGGUUAUAAUAAAAGUACUUUUUUCAAAACAAAGAUUUCAAAUUAUUUAAUUACAAAAAUUAAAAGAAGUGAUGUUUUAACAGUGGCAGCAUUAUUAAUUAAACAAUAUUAUGAUGUCACCGAUAUUGAUUAUGUCCCAAAUAAUAAACCAAUGAUUGAUAUUCGUGAAGCCCAUGAUCGUUUUCAAGGUUUCAUUCAUUUUAAAUUCAAAAUAAUUGAUCAAUGGAGAAUUUAUAAUUCAAUUAUUAGUGAAUAUAUUAAAGUAUCAACUGGGUUGAAAUCUCAAGUUGGGAAUGAUGGUAUUUCAAAUAAAAUUAAAAAUAUUGGUAAAAAGAUAAUGAUUCUAAGAAUUUUAAUGUUGGAUUUAGAAUCUUUAGUGAAAUUAGAAAAGUUUAAAUGGAAUUCAAUUGUAAAUUUGGAUGUAUCAGAUUUACUUAAUAUAAUGUUACCAAGCCAUUUUGAAAUGAAUCUUGAAAAUGCAAUUAUAGAAAUCUCUGCAUGUUCUGGAGAAAUUCCUCAAAUUGAUUUCUUACUUCCAAAAUUCUGUAGAUUAACUAAAUUUUCAAAAAGAAUUUUUAAUCUUUGUUUGAAAAAACAAUAUGUAUCAUAUGAUAAAUUUAAAAAACUUAAUUCAAGAGAUAAAAAUGGUAAUGAAAUUGGUUUAUCCGUUUGCUCAUUUUUAAGAGAAUAUUAUUAUAAUUGUAAUAUAUCAUUAUCAACAAAAGAAAUAUUUCAAUUUGGAGAACCAAACACAAACAAAUUUUAUCUUCCAUCUAAACAAGAAAUCAUUUCAACAUUGGAUAAUGAAUCUAUCAAUUUACCAAUUCUUAAUAAUGAUAAUUGUUACUUUGUAAAUAAAUUCCUUAAAAAUGUUUGUAAAUUAAGUAAAGAAAAACUAAAAAAAAAAUAUCUUCCAACCAAAUAUUCUCCACCAAUACAAAUGAAUAAAGCAGAAGAAAUUCAAAGGUUAUUUAGUCAAAAACUAAGUUCUUUAAAAUCUACAGGUGGUCCUGUUUUAAAAAUUUUACCAAAAGUUUUUUCAAUUCCAAAUCAUAUUGAAAUUACUUUUAAACCCGAACAUUUUAAAGAUGAUCCUAAAAAAGUGAUUGAAAGAGAUUUUUGCCAAGAAAUGUAUAAUCAAUUUAUUCAAACUCAAAAUGAUUUAUUAAAAGAAUUUGAAUUAGAAGAAAAAUUAGAAAAAGAAAAAGAAAAACAAAAAAGGAAAUUACAAAAGAUAAAACAAAGAUCUCAACCCUUAAAUACUACAAAAUUGGAUGACGAUAAAAAGAAAUUAGAACAAUUUUUGAAAGAACAAGAUCAACAAUUAAUCCUUCAAAAAACAAUUGAAAAUGAAAAUAAAAUGAAAUUAAAAAUGAAAAAUAAAAAGAAAAUGGAGAAGAAAAAUAAAUUAUUAAUUGAAGGUGGUGUUAAUAAAAUUUCCAAACAAAAUAAUAAUAAUGAAAAUAAUAAUAAUAAUAAUAAUAAUAAUAAUAAUAAUAAUAAUAUUAAUAAUAAUAAUUAUAAUAAUAAUAAUAAUAAUAAUAAUAACAAUAAUAAAAAUAAUGAUAAUAAUAAGUUAGAAUCACAAACAGUAAAUGGAGGUAUCAAAACUGAAAACUUACCAUCUAAAAAUAAUGAUAAUAAUAGUAAUAGUGAUGAUAGUAACAGUUCAAAUAAAACAAAUCAAACUCAACAAGAUAAUAGUAAUAAUGAAAUAGCACCACCAACUAAACCAAACAAUAACAAUAACAAAAACAACAAUGAUAUUAACAAUAAUAAUAAUAUUAAUAAUAAAAAUAUUAAUAAUAAUAUAAAAGAAGAUAAAAGUGGAGAAGAAGGAACCGAUGUUAAUGAUAGUUUUAAUUAUACCAUUAAUGAAAUUUCAAAUAACUCUAGCAACUUUUCAACUUGUGACACAUUCAAAAACAACCUCAGUAUUAACAAUUUCAUUUUUGAAGUAAUUGAAAAUGAAGAUUGUUUAGAUCCUAAUAUUCAAAAUGAAAUUGAUGAAUUGGUUGCAAGUUUGGUUUAUUAUGAUGGUGAUGAUGUUGUUGAAAAUGAAAAUAAUUACAUGGUUUAUAUUUUUCCAAUUUUUUUUAUAGAUGUUAAUUCAGUUUUUAAUAAUAUUUAA